CAUCUCCUCCCUCCACGACCUUUACUUCAAAGGUCUCCACAUAAGUAGAAUUAACUAAAGAUGAGCCACGGAGAUCAUGGAGACCACGAUAUGCCCGGGAUGCCCAAAUGUAACCUCCACAUGCUUUGGAACACCCAAAUCUACGACACCUGUAUAGUCUUCAAAUCCUGGCACAUCUCCUCAAAGACCGGCUUCCUCCUCUCCUGCAUCGCCAUCAUCCUCAUCUGCGUCUUCCACGAAUGGGUGCGCGUCUUCCAACGAAAGGUAGAUUAUCAAGUCGCUUUGAAGCUACGAAACAAGGUCUCCGGAGGAGCGGUGUCGGGGAGUAGAGGGAGUAGUGGACGAGCGAGCCCUGUAGAUGGACAUCAUAGAGAUGUGGAGGAUGCGGGUUUGUUGAGCGGGAAUCCGAGGUUGUUGAGGAAUGCGUUUACUGGAGCGGUCGUCCCACCAGUAUCCCGAGCCCUCCGAGCAGCCAUCUACGGUUCCACCGUCUUCAUCUCCUUCUUCCUCAUGCUGGUAUUCAUGACUUACAACGCCUACCUCAUCGCUUCAGUCGUCAUCGGCGCCGCAAUCGGUCACUACGUCUUCGGAGCGACGAUGAACACCGAGGCCAUCCUCAACCAAGCUGGCGAUGACAAGGGAAUGGCAUGUCAUUAAUGAUUGUGCUGACGCUGCGGAUACCGUAUCUACCCCGGUCUGCCUUGCGCUGCCUGUUGCCUCCCACAGGCGCCCGGUGCCUCUUACAAUCUCGCGCCACGCCUUAAUAUUCAAUAUUCAAUGCUCGCCGCGUUCCCAGUUACGCCCUUCCCUUCUCGCUCUCCUUUACCCCUCAUAUGACGUUCUGCUCUCUGCUCCGAAUGCGGAUCCAACUCACCGGACCCGCCUGUCUGAUUAUACUCCCAACUGUU